AUGAGCAGUUCACCAUCGAAACAACAGGAUCAAGUGAACCUUAGAUCAGCAGAUGGAUUGAUGCAAGGUGGUGAACUACCACAAUAUGACUUCAAGACCAAGAUGGCUGGCAUUGCUGGCAAUGUCUUGGAAUGGUACGACUUUUCCGUCUAUGGAUACUUUAGUGAUAUUAUCGGAAAGGUCUUUUUUGCUCCAGACGCCACGGGAAAGGCUGCCUUGGUGGAAUCCUUUGCCGUCUUUGGGAUUGCCUUUUUGAUUCGUCCCAUUGGUGGGGCUAUUUUUGGGUACAUGGGGGACAAUGUGGGACGCAAGUCGGCAUUAGAGAAUUCCAUUUUGCUCAUGGCGUUGCCGACAUUUAUCAUGGGAUGUUUGCCAAGUUAUGCCAGUAUUGGUUGGUAUUCUACUGCAUUACUGAUCAUCUGCCGCAUGUUGCAAGGGUUCUCAGUGGGUGGUCAGCUCAUGUCGUCCGUUGUCUUUGCAUUGGAGGCAAGCCCUGAAUCGACAUGGGGGUUCCAAGCAGGAGCUGUAUUUGCUGCAACAACGCUCGGUGCUGUAAUCGGCAGUUUGUUUGCCUAUGCCCUGAGAGAAAACUUGACUGAGGAGCAGAUGGAAUCCUUUGGUUGGAGAAUCCCAUUCUUCUUUGGCGUAGUGGGUAUCAUUCCAGGUCUUUACCUAAAGCAUCGCAGCAAGGAAAUCCCUGUACCAAAACCCGCUCCCCAAAUUAGCCCAGAUGCUGUCACCACUCCAAGUGUUGGUGGGCAUCCCCAACUCGAACGACAGGGAACUUUUCAAGAGACUUUUGCUCCCAAUAAUAGACGUGCGCUCAUUGCUUCCAUGUUGGUACCGGCCUUUACUUCGGGAACCUAUUAUAUCGUAUUUGUUUGGAUGGCCGUUUACAUGCAAACCAUUGUCGAAGUUCCACACGCCUUUGGUAUCAACAGUGCCGUCGGAGUCAUUGGAAUUGGCCUUUGCUUUGCGGGGGGAUGGAUGGUGGACCGAUUGGGGGCCAAAUCCAGGGUUCCACUCAUGUUGGGAUCAUCGCUCGCCUUUGGACUUGUUGCUCCCUACUUUAUUUCCACAAUGGGACAAGGUGAUCCUCUUACCUGUUUCAUUUUGCAAGGAACCAUGGCAGUCUUGAUGGGCAUCUUUGGUGGAGCCAUGCAUCCAUGGUUGAUUUCCAACUUUCCACCCCAUAUUCGUUUGACUUCGACUACCUUGGCCUACAACAUGGCGGUGAGUCUGGUCGGUGGAUUUAGUCCAUUUGUGGCAACAUUGUUGCAAGAAGAAUACGGUAAUGCCGCUCCUGGAUACAUUGUCAGUGUAUUGGCGGUCUUGGCUUGGCUUGGAUUAAUCAUUGGAUCGACGGCAAAGACUUCAUGGAAGGACGAUCGGGCCAAUGCUCCCAAGUUGAGUAGUGUCGUAUAA